GAACGAAGUGAUUUGCAUUUUAAAUAUGGCUGCGCCCAUAAGCUGACGGGAUUAUACUGACACUGUGACAUUGGUUACAUAAAACAAAACUUUAGAGACUAGCAAAAAGAUGUUUUCAUUAACACGAAACAUCGUUUUGAGAAGUGUCAUCAACGUACAAAAAUAUUCAUUACCAAUUCUACUUCGACAGCAGGCAUUUCUAAAUACCCAAGCUUUCAGAUCGGAAUUACAAGCCCGAAAGAGGCUCAUUCGUCAGAUAGGCUCAUCAAACAAGCAAGGAAAUGAGGAGAAAACCCCAUUAUCCUGGAGAAUUUCUCUCAUCUGUGCAAUCAUUGGAGGUCUCUAUGCCAUUCAUCUUUACAACACAUUGAAAAACCAAGAACUCAAGGAAGCCAAAGAGAAGAGGAAAAAGCUAGGGACUGCGGCGAUAGGAGGGACGUAUACUUUGAUUGACUUUAAUGGGAAGACGAGGACAGACAAGGACUUCCUUGGACAGUGGGUACUGCUGUAUUUCGGAUUUACUCACUGCCCAGACAUUUGUCCCGAUGAGAUAGAGAAACUUGUAAAAGUGGUGAACAAAAUAGAUUCAGAUAAAGAGUUACCUAACAUACAGCCAGUGUUUAUAACCGUGGAUCCUGAAAGAGACUCGCCAAGAGCCAUGAAAGAAUACUGUGAAGAGUUUUCACCCAAGAUAGUGGGAUUAACUGGUACAAAAGAGAAGAUUGAUGAGGCUUGUAAGAAUUUUCGAGUGUAUUACAGUAAAGGUCCAGAGGAUGAAGAUGGUGAUUAUAUAGUUGAUCAUACAAUCAUCGCAUAUCUGAUGAAUCCAAAAGGAGAAUUUGUGGAGUAUUUUGGGAAGAAUAAGACCUAUGAUAUAUUGGUGUAUGAAAUCAAAGAGUACAUGCAGAAGUAUGCAUUGUUUGAAGACUGAAUCUGAAAACCAUUGUGUACGUGUCUUUGUUAUAUAUCCAUGAAAAUCCAACAUCAUUGUGAUUUAAUUCAGUUUCUUGUUUUUUUGUCAAUGCAGCUUACAGCAACAUGUUUUGUUAAAAGAUUGCGUUUGUGUGAAUAAUUUAGUUAUGUGAAACUUCAGAGAAGAUCUGAAAGUUAAAACUACAUUUUCAAAUUUCAAGUGACCCCUAAGAAGAAUCCUCUGCAAUGAAUGCUACAUUAUAAAAUAUAUAUAUUUUUAUCAAUAUAUUUGUUUUUUGCCUUUAAUAUUACUGUAUUUAAGAAAUCACACAAUAAAAAAUGAUGAUUUACAGCAGAGCAUGUUAAUUUGUCCAUCACUUUCCUGAACUGUGGUCAGACAUAAGUAAUUUCUCAACACCAAGCCAGUGAGUACAAUGUAUGAAAACUUGGCGAUAAAUUUCAUAAUUAGUUUAGAAUAAAUACCUCUGGCACCAGUCA